GCAGCGCCUCCUUGGCCUGGGCCCCGCCCUCAGCCAACAAGCACGGAUCUCCCAGGCUGCGACUGCCUGGCGAGUACAGGAAGAAGCCACAGAUGGCUAGAACUAAGUCAGCCACCCAAGCGCACGCGGGAGCAGCUGCAGCGCCCAUAGGGGACACGUGUGUUUAAACGAUCACUGGCAGGGACGCCUUGAGUGUCCCCAAGCUCUGUGGGGCAGAGAAGGAAUUGCCAAAGAGGCGGAAGGCCGGCUGGAUCCUUUCUCACAACGGGGCCUGGAGAAGGGGUUAGUGAGAUUGACAAACGCACAGCGGAAGAUGGGGAAAUAGCCCUGAAAAAAGUGGAGAAAGCGGCCAGCCUGAAGCACGUCCCCUCGGCUCAGCCUGUCAUGCACCGAGAAGCUCAGGACAACUUGGCAAGACUUCCCGAGUGCCCCGGAAACUGGACCAAUGUCAGUCUCAACCCCCUGGUGCCUGCCAGCGCAUGGACACACCCUGGCUCCCUGAAGAUGUGCAGGAUGGUGUGGCCACCAACUGUCCUUGUCCUGUGAGGUUAUCAGUGCUUCUCUUGGUUGUUGUUGGUGGUGAUGUUCUUCUUUUAUUUAUUUAUUUUUUACUUCAUGAGAACUUGUAAGUGAAGAUACUAACUUUUUUGUGGAAGCUGCUGGGUAGUGCUAGGAGGGAAAAAAUGUGUAAUAUGAUGGAGAGCACCUCUGCUCCCUUCUAGUGUUUUUGCAGCGUCCAAGUCCACGGGUUAAGCCAUCACCUCCAGAGGAUUGAAGUUGUGGUACGUGGUGACAGCUGGGAGGGGAGCAGGAUUUCCUUACAGCCUUCAGCGGCAUCUACCUCCUCUGCAUGUAUGAGUGUGCCAGCAGCAGCAAAGGGGGCAGGGCUGUGCUUGUGGAGUCUCCGCUGGGACCAGAGUGAAUGGCCCCCAGGGACAGCCCGGAGCCUCUGGACCCGCAGGCCUGGGUCUGGCCUGGAAAGAUGGUAGCGAUGGGUGCCCUGGCAGGCGUCUGGGUCCUGAGCCUGCUCACCUAUGGCUACCUGUGCUGGGGCCAGGCCUUAGAAGACGAAGGGUCUGUGAGAGCUCAAGCCGCAGAGAGACCUGAACCAGGUACAGCGGCCACCUCCCGGCCCCAUCUCAUUUUCAUCUUAGCUGACGAUCAGGGAUUUAGAGAUGUGGGUUACCAUGGAUCUGAGAUAAAGACGCCCACUCUCGACAAACUCGCAGCAGAGGGAGUUAAAUUAGAGAACUAUUACGUCCAGCCUAUUUGCACACCGUCCAGGAGCCAGUUUAUUACCGGAAAGUAUCAGAUACACACGGGACUUCAGCACUCUAUCAUCAGGCCUACCCAACCCAACUGCCUACCUCUGGACAAUGCAACCCUACCUCAGAAGCUGAAAGAGGUUGGCUACUCAACCCACAUGGUCGGGAAAUGGCACUUGGGAUUUUACAGAAAAGAAUGCAUGCCCACCAAGAGAGGAUUUGAUACCUUUUUUGGCUCCCUCUUGGGAAGUGGUGAUUAUUACACACACUACAAAUGUGACAGUCCUGGGAUGUGUGGCUAUGACUUGUAUGAAAAUGACAAUGCCGCUUGGGACUAUGACAAUGGCAUCUAUUCAACACAGAUGUAUACUCAGAGAGUGCAGCAAAUCUUAGCUUCCCAUGACCCCACAAAACCUAUAUUUCUGUAUGUCGCUUACCAAGCUGUGCACUCACCACUGCAGGCCCCCGGCAGGUAUUUUGAACAGUACAGAUCUAUUAUCAACAUCAAUAGGAGGAGGUACGCAGCCAUGCUCUCCUGCCUGGAUGAAGCAAUCCACAAUGUGACGCUGGCUCUGAAACAGUAUGGUUUCUAUGACAACAGUAUUAUCAUCUACUCCUCAGAUAACGGUGGGCAGCCCACAGCAGGAGGAAGUAACUGGCCUCUCAGAGGCAGCAAAGGAACGUAUUGGGAAGGGGGCAUCCGAGCAGUUGGCUUUGUGCACAGUCCACUUCUGAAAAACAAAGGAACGGUGUGCAAGGAACUUGUGCACAUCACCGACUGGUACCCCACCUUGAUUUCGCUGGCAGAAGGACAGAUUGAUGAAGACAUUCAGCUAGACGGCUAUGAUAUCUGGGAGACCAUAAGCGAAGGUCUUCGUUCACCGCGAGUGGAUAUUUUGCACAACAUUGACCCCAUUUACACCAAGGCGAAAAAUGGCUCCUGGGCAGCAGGCUACGGAAUCUGGAACACCGCGAUCCAGUCAGCCAUCCGGGUGCAACACUGGAAGCUCCUCACAGGAAAUCCUGGCUACAGUGACUGGGUCCCCCCUCAGGCUUUCAGCAAUCUGGGCCCAAACCGGUGGCACAAUGAGAGGAUUACCUUGUCAACUGGCAAGAGUAUCUGGCUUUUCAACAUCACAGCCGAUCCAUAUGAGAGGGUGGACUUAUCCGGCAGGUAUCCAGGCAUCGUGAAGAAGCUGCUGAGGAGACUCUCGCAGUUCAACAAGACUGCGGUGCCUGUCAGGUAUCCCCCAAAGGAUCCCAGAAGCAACCCUCGGCUCAAUGGAGGAGUCUGGGGUCCAUGGUAUAAGGAGGAAAACAAGAAAAAGAAGACAAACAAAAAAACUAAGGCUGAGAAAAAGCAGAAGAAAAGUAAGGCUAGGACAAGGAAACCGCUGACAGCAUGCUCCUCAACAAAUUGCCACCCAAGAGUUACCUUGAGCUAAAUGCAAGACUUUCUGCCUUCGUUAAACUUAAGGCACCAUUUGUAGGCAAUUGAGAGGAUUUGGCUCGAAAAUACCCCGGCCAGCCCCCUGGGGCUUGUUUUCCCGAAAUUGCUCUCUGCCAGAGGCUUCUGGCACCUGGCUGCCACGUGGACAAAACCACCCUCCUGGGUGCCAAAGGCGAUGUUUCUACAGGCCACACAAGGAGGAGAAUGCAGUUUUUUUAUGUCUCUAGUCUGUGUAAACAGUGGUGAAUCAUGAGUCAGUUGACCAAACAGAAUGCUUUGAAUCCCUUGAAUCGGGAGAGGAACUGUGACCUGAAGUGGAUUUGAGCGCAGGGUAAUUACAAGGUAACAAGAUUAAACAGUGGCUUUUGAUACAGUCGAAGGCUG